AUGCUUAUUCCAAAGAAAAACCGCAAAAGUAUCUAUGAAAGUCUUUUCAAAGAGGGUGUUUUAGUUGCAAAGAAAGAUUUCAACGCUCCAAAGCAUACGGAUAUCGACGUACCUAAUUUACACGUGAUCAAAGCUUGCCAAAGUCUCAACUCCAAAGGAUAUGUUAAGACACAGUUCUCAUGGCAGUAUUAUUAUUAUUCCUUAACAGAUAAAGGUAUUGAAUACCUAAGAGAAUAUUUGCAUUUACCCCAAGAAAUUGUUCCGGCUACUUUCAAGAAACAAGCUAGGCCUGCCGGAAGAUCUCGUCCUGAGGGUGAAGGUAGGGAAGGAUCCUAUCGUCCCCCAGGAAGUCGUGGUGACCGCGGUGAAUACCGCCGUCGUGAUGAUGGUGAAGGCAAAAAGGAAGGAGCAUCUGGCGACUUCAAGCCUGAAUUCAGAUCCGGUUUUGGUCGUGGUC